GUGUGUUGCUCUCUGAUGAGAACAAAGCUGGCUGGAGCACUCAGAGUCUGGCUCUGUCUCUUCACAACCAAGGGGCAUCUUUGUGGACUGAAGUUUCAGAAAGAAUGUUUCAGAUGUUUAAAGAAUGGUUUUGGUUGGAAAGAUUCUGGCUUCCUCCAACAAUAAAGUGGUCAGAUCUUGAAGAUCAUGAUGGACUCGUCUUUGUGAAACCCUCUCAUUUAUGUAUGACCAUUCCAUAUGCUUUUGGCUUGAUAAUUAUCAGACAUUUUUUUGAAAAGUUUAUUGCUUCACCUCUAGCAAAAACAAUUGGCAUUAAAGAGGAAGUUAGAAAGAAGAUUACACCAAAUACUGUUUUAGAGAAUUUUUUCAAACAUUCCACAAGGAAACCAUCUCAAACUGAUAUUUAUGGACUGGCAAAAAAGUGUAACUUGACAGAGCGCCAGGUUGAAAGAUGGUUUAGGAGUCGGCGGAAUCAAGAUAGGCCUUGCAGGAUGAAGAAAUUCCAAGAAGCUUGCUGGCGAUUUACAUUUUACUUAAUGAUUACCAUUGCUGGAAUUGCAUUUCUUUAUGAUAAACCUUGGGUAUAUGACCUUUGGGAGGUUUGGAAUGGCUAUCCUAGACAGCCCUUGCUGCCAUCUCAGUACUGGUACUACAUUUUGGAGAUGAGUUUUUAUUGGUCUCUCUUAUUUAGCCUUGGCUCUGAUAUCAAGAGGAAGGAUUUUCUAGCUCAUGUCAUCCACCACCUGGCUGCUGUUAGUUUGAUGAGCUUCUCUUGGUGUGCUAAUUAUAUUCGCAGUGGGACCCUCGUGAUGAUUUUACACGAUGCGGCUGACAUUUGGCUGGAGUCUGCUAAGAUGUUUUCUUAUGCCGGAUGGAAGCAAACCUGUAACAUUCUGUUUUUCAUCUUCUCCAUCGUAUUUUUCAUCAGCCGCCUCGUUAUUUUUCCCUUCUGGAUUUUGUAUUUCACGCUGAUUCUGCCUCUGCAGUACCUUGAGCCUUUCUUUUCAUGCAUCUUCCUCAACCUACAGCUCAUUGUCCUGCAAAUUCUUAAUCUUUACUGGGGUUACUUCAUCCUGAAGAUGCUCAAAAGAUGUAUAUUCACAAAGAAUAUCCAGGACGUGAGAAGUGAUGAUGAGGAUGAGUAUGAAGAGGAAGAGGUUGAGGAAGAGGAGAAGGAGAAGGAAGAAGCCACCAAAGGCAAAGAGACAGACGAUUUGAAGAAUGGCCUUGGGGCCAACAGGCACCUCAUUCCCAAUGGUCAGCAUGGCUGUUAGCUUGAAGCCUGCAUAGCUCCUGGCACACAGUGCGCUGCAAGGGCUGCUGGGAGCUGGAAGUGCUCCCUCCUCCAUUGCUGUGGCCUCAGGACCCACAGGGACCACAGAUUUUGCCCUUCCCUCUUUCUAACCAGCACCUUCCCCCCCACCAAGAUGUAUUUAACAAAAUGUUAAUUUGUGUUAAAAUGUUAAAUGUAAGCAUCCCCAUGGAUUUUACUGGAGUUAGGACUCAGAGUUCAAAGAUUUCUCCUGAGAACCCUUCCACUUCUAAUUGUUCCAUUCAUGAAUUUAGACGUUUGGAGCCCAUUUUGUUGUAGGCCUUCCCCUUCCCACCUUGCCUGUCCUCAGGAUACUUUGGGAAGUGCUAAGUCAACCCACUUUUCCCAGGUGCGUUUGGCCACAGAGAGCAGCUCAUUUCCCAAAAAUGAGCUAGAGGUGGCAAUGGAAUGGUGGUGGCAGGACCAAACCAGGGGGCCAAGCUUCCAGGGCUCACGGAUCCCUUUCUGCCAUGGGCAGUGUUUAAACCUUCCAUGCCGUGUGCUUCGUCUCUCUGAUGGGAAUAACCAGACCUGACCUGCCCCCUCACAGGGUUGGAAUAAGGAUCAAAUGAGAUAAUAAUGGAAGUGAGAGGGCAUACUGUAGGCUAUGGUGUUGCUGUUACCUGACCCUCUUUUCACUGUGAUCACAGUCCCGUUUGGGAGAGAAGCCUGGUGAAACUUGGCACUGAACAGGCCUGAACAAAAGGCACAGUCUUGAAGAAUUCCUUUUAAAUGUGUCUGGAAAUACCUAAACAUGCAAGUACCCAGAAAGCUGUUUCCAGUUUAUCUGGUAACUAUUUAUUUGUUAGCUUCCCAAAGGUAAUUCUCAAAUCCCCCAGGUUCUCGUCCCUCAGGUUCCAUGGACAAGGGGAGGGAGUUUGGGCCCCAUUCAUUCUUGUCCUUUGCUGAUUUCUCACUUAUUUCCUCUCUGAAAGGGACGCUUCCCUGCUGUGGCCCUGAACCCCUCCUUCAGGCCAGCAGAGCUACCCAGCAGGCCAUAGGGUCUACCUGGGGGCCUCUCUGGGGGCACUGGACCCAAGUCAUGUUGUUCCCCUAGCCACUAUCACCCAGGAAGCCCAGUUUCUGGGGCAUGUGUUUGAGCUCCUGAUCAAAGGAGGUCUUGGAAAAACAAAGAGACUCUGUACUUUAAACCCCUGCUCUCCAACCCAAUCAGAGUGCAUAACAGUAAAGCAGAACAAAACAAAGGGCUGGAAAACACUCCUGAGAAUGUCCAAGGACAGGUGCUUGAGUCAGUGUCAGCUCCUGGGGCUGCCUUACCUCUCUGGGAGGACAGGUAGGGGCUGGAGGGUCAGUAGCCACCUCUCGACCCCCACAGGGAUACAUCUCCUGAGGCCAGCGUGCAGGGCAGACCUCAGAGACUUUCUCAGGUUACUGACUGAGGAGAGGCAGAGCCUUGUAGAGGAAGAGCCUGAGCAAAAUGUGCAACUUUUCCCCACCCAAUCUCUUAUAUUUUGGGGUCACAUUUUGCAUCUUCAUGCUGUUUUGCUCAGGGCCCGUAUUAUAAAGCCAAGCAAGUGGAAGCUAAGCCUGUGGGGACUAGUAAAACCCACACAGACUCCACCAAUGGGGGCUGCAGCCUCUG